GAGAAAAUGAAGAAAAUAUAAAGUCUUUAUGAGCAAGAGAGAGAUUUACAUGUGCUCCUGCAACAUUUUUAAGUUAAAGUGAAGAUGUUGAGCAAAACAAUCAACCAACUUACAAAAAAACUCAUUGGAGACUCCAUUUCUAGGAGAAAAUGCUCACUUAGAUUCAUGUGAUUGGGUUGUUUUCUACAGUCAUUGGUUCUAACAGAAGGCUAUGGGACCCACAUGAAGCUCUCGUAAAAAAAGUUCAAAGUACCAAAUAGCACGGCUUGGACCAGGCACUCACAGCUUCAGGUUUGCUGAAGAGAAUCCCUGCCUGCACCUGUGCUUAUAAAAGGGACAAAACCCAGCCCCGCCUACCAGGGGCAGGUCUCAGGUCUCACCUGUCACAACGGGUUAUUAAGAGAAUCUGCUAAGCUACACUGAAGUCCAUUCAGGACAUAAAUUCUCCAUUAUCACUUUUGCAAAAACACGAGUUUUUAUCAGAUCGGUCUCAUAUGUGCCAAGUUGUGUCUAUGUACAUUUUUCACUUUCAGAAGGCAAUAAAAACACACUUGUAAUCAUCAGUAGUGGAUUAUUUCAUCUUGCCACUUGUUGAGCUCGAAGAGUUUUCUUCUUCUCCGGCCAUGUUCUCUUAAUAAUGCACACACUUGGUUGGUUGAUUACUUUUCCCGUUUCUUUUAUUGUCCGCAACACAGGAGGGAAAAAUAUACAUCCAUUUUUGGCAGUUCGCGCUUCACAACAACAAGGAACAGGAAGUGAAGUCAUCUAUGAUCACCAAAAUAAAAUCAUUUCCAAAAUAAAAUGACAAUCAGAAAACGUCUUUUACAACACAAGAUAAAUUAAUAUAUUUGCUCAUGAGAACACAAAUCUAACACCACUCAAACCAGAAUCCCUGGUUUUGCACAUCAACAUCACAGAUUUUUACAAUUAAAGUUUAUAACAGAGACAUGUUAAAUGUUAAGCACUGAAAACAGCUUGGUUGUUGUUGUUUGGAACCUCAUUUAAUGCUUGUUGUUUUGCUGCCAUGGUGAUGCCUCCAGGGGAAAACUAGUACACUCUGCAGUCUUUGAUGCUAAAAUGACAUCACAGCAUUUAAACAUCUUUUGAAUGAAAACAUCAGCAUAUGAAAACAAAACUGCAGAGACACUGCAACUGCAUGAAAGAAGAGGACUAUUUAGUGAAAUUUCUACGUUUCCCUGAGGAUUAACUGCUCUGUAAUUUACCAAGAACUAAAACAAAAUGAGUGGAAGAGGAGAUGGAUCAUACAAUAACCGUAAUGGCCAACAGGUUAACCCAGAAAAUCUUCCAAGUGGAGAUCAGGAACCAGCUUAUGAACCUCAUGGUGGACGCCUUGGCUUACUGAACAAUUUUUAUCUUGCUCUCUAUAAUACUUUUUGGAGGAUGAAUGAAAUAUUAGGUGUAUUAUAUGCAUCAGAUGAUGACCUUGGCAUUGACUUUGACAAUGUCAACAAUGUAAACAUUCCCAAUAUUAAUGUAAGGGACAAUAAUGCCAAUGAACUGCAUGAUGAUCAAAAUGCUGUUAUUGUUGGCAUUGAAAAUGAGGAUUCUGAUGAGGCAUUUGAAGACUGUGAGGAUGUUCACCAGUACAUCCCAGAAGAGGACCCUCAGCCAGGUGUGUCCAGGAGGAGGUCUAGAGAGAUGGAUGAAGAAGAUGUGGAACCAAGCAAAAGAAUCAGAUGGAGCGAGGAGUUUUCUGAUGACGACUCUGACUUCAUCUCUGCUUGUGACACUGAUAGCGAGGGCUGUCCUCAUGUUGGUAAUAUUGCUGAUGAGGACAUCAAAGAACCGCUGCCUGGUGGAUCCACAAAAAGAUCCAGAGAGGAAGAUGUAGAUGAAGAAGAGCAUAAUGGCAAAAAAUCCAGGCUUUCAAACAGUAGUGAUGAAUCUUUUGAAGAUGCACUUGAAGAGCUUGACAACCAUGAAGCUGGAGGCUCGAGGAAGCGGUCCAGAGACGAUUUUGAGGAAGAAGAGGAAUACGUGCGUGUUUGCAAAUUUCGGAGGAGUUCAAAUGAGUCCACCAGCACCAGUGAUGACAACUAACACUAUUUCGACGGGAUUUUUCAGUAUCCUUUUAGUAGGCUGAUGGCCUACUCAGCUGACUCUUAAUCCUCCUCCUAUUGUUAUGCUGCAAUAAGCUGGGCAUACACUGUGCGAUUUUUUUUCAGUUGCGUUAUUCAGCUACUGCUCAAACUGCACGAUUGACUCGCAGGGGUUCAUAGGUCACGAUGCAGGGUCUCACGCUAUACGGCCCGAUGCUCUGUGCGACCUGAGUGCUCACACUGUGCGUCCAUAGCAUGAAGGUUAUAACACAAAUUGUACACUAUUUUCACGGUUGUUGCGGUCGUGAUAAUUUUGUGAGGCCACAUCGAAAAGGCUCGGAUGAGCUUGCCAAAGUUCUACAAGUUGUGCCUCCAUCACUUGUGUCCUGAUCGCGUGCUGCACUGCCGUGCUGCUCCGUCUUUUCACUUUCAUUUCUGUGUUUGUGCGUGCGCAGUGUGAGACGCUGCGUUGACACCCUCACAACGGCCGACAGGAUUUCAAACAGGUUUGAUUUUCUGACGACCAAACGAUUGAUGAUCGGGAGCUGGUCGUGAGGUGUUAAUCGCUUCUCGUUAUCCGAUGUAUACGAUGCACGACACACGAUUAAGGCCAAACUCGGGCCAAUCCGCAAAAUGGUCGCACAACUGAAAAUUGGCUCAAAAUGGGCCAAAAAUCGCACAGUGUAUGCCCAGCAUUUUUUCCUUUUCACUCACCUUCUUCACCCACUGGUUUUUAAUCUCUGUCUCUCUUCCACAGCACGUCUUUAUCCUGUUUUCCUUGCCCUCCCCAACCGGUCGCAGCAGAUGG